AUGGCCGAACUAAACGCGUUGAAUGGAAAUGGAGACGGUUUCUAUAUUCAAGGAGCCAUCCAAGUUGAUGGUGUGUCGGGUUGUAACAUCUGUGGUUGGAGCUGUAACACGACCACUUCGAUGGUUAACUACCAAGUCCUGGGCACUGAUAUGUCGACAGUGAUUGUCGAUGACAACACACAUUGUGGCUAUAUCAACAACGAUAAUGACGGACGGUAUGAAUGCUCGAACACUGGUGUGUGGCAAUUCAAAACGUCUGCUGGUGUGUCAACCGAUAUGGGCAAGUACACGUGCUCAAAGGGUGUCCCUUGCUGUCAAUCAUGUACUUUGGCACAGCUGAAUGCGUUGAAUGGAAAUGGAGACGGCUUCUAUAUUCAAGGAGAUGUCAUG